CUCUAACUCAUUUGUCACGAUUUUUCUAUUGUCUAGCUUCAAUACUCUCAUUAAUCACAUUAGUCGCAAUUUUCAAUUUGUUCAUUACUCUCAUUAACUCAUGAAUUUCAUUAUACAUUCUUUUCGGUAUCUUUAAAUGACUACAACAGGCUCUGCCUGUGUGACCGCAGUUUGACUCGCCGGAGCGAAUCUUCAUGAGCUCUUUUGGGUAUCUCUGUCUUGUUGAAAUUCUAGUUCGCAGUAAUUUCAACGCAUCUUCCAUGUUUACGGUUGCCACCUGGAUUAUGUGUAGUCCAUUUCAGAUGAAUGUAUAAAAGAGACUCGCUGAUGAGGUCCAACGUACCUUCCUCAUCAAAUAGUGUUCAUAAGUUGUAAAUAUUCCUCUUCAUCUGUUAUAUAAUCACAAAUAUCUGUUGAGCAUUCUAUAUCAUCAACGAAUAUUUGUGAUUAUAUUUCUACUUACCUUUCACGUCACCUAUAAUAAAUACUCAAUGGCUAAUUGUGUCUGCGACGAUGUACGACUCUGGGGUGUUAAAUCAGAAAAUGAAGUAAUUGGAGAAUGUUGGGUUUGCAAGUUCCUGGUUCCUCAACUUAGCCCACGUCAAGUGCGAUACUCUAAUCGUCAAAAUCGAAUCAAUCGAAAUGAAAAUCCCGGUUCCAAUGAAAGUUGUACCUCCUCAGAGACCUGGGUUGGGGUCUUACCAAAAGCAGACAUCAGUAGCCCGGGCUUCAUCAGGGAACGACAACGGCUUGAAAAGUAUUGGCGUGAAUCAGAAAGACUCAAUGCUCAGCGUAGCAUCAAGGUGUCUAUACAGAAUAAGCGACACGAUGACUUUGCUUCACUCCGAGAAGCCCUAUACCAAGUGUAUCAAUACCGCGGACCGUUUCUGCAAAGGCCUGGUGACAAGAAUAAGGCUGUUCAGUACCUGCGUCAAAAUGGUUUUGGCGCGAUGUUUGUGAGAAUUGUUGAACAUGAAGUCAAAUGGAAAUGGCUUCACGAUCGGGUGUCUAUGGCUGAUAACAGCCAUAUCUUCAACCCAGAUGUGCGCAUGUGAUGACUACAUCUGCUCAUUCACUUUCUGUUUUUUUACCUUGUCAGUUGAUUACCUCGGUUGUGUUUGUCUCCCUCAUGUUUUCGCUUCUCUCACUUUCUCUUCUCUCACUCGAUCAAUAUGUACAAACUUCAAUGACCGUUGAUAUAUUACAUGGAACAAAUAGGUGAAAGAAAUGAACUGAAAUGACACGUUAUAAACUAUAUACACACACAC